GCAUCAACGUCAAUGGUCAAGGUAAACAACUUAACCCAUAUAUAAGCUAGGUCCAGAAAGUGCUUCCUUUAAGCAGACCAGCACAAUGGGUGCCCAGAUUUUUAGCAACCUUUUCAUUCCAGCACUUCUCCUACUUUGGUGUGAGGCAGAAUAUUCCCCAGCUCCAAAAUUACCUCCUCCGCCUCCAACAAUUCCACCUUCAGUGAGUGCAACCUCAGUUCCUAAGCCAACCCUUCCAAUUCGCAUAACUCUUCAAGAAGUUGUGAAAACACUGCAAGAGCAUAAGAAGCAGCUCAAGGACAUAGAAGAUGACUUGCCUUCACUGCAGGUCUCUGCCUUGCAACAUUUCACAGACAUCCAGACCCUACAGGACCAGUCCAAAGAUGUUCAACAUGGUUUUCUAGAGCUAAGCACCAACUUUAGUCAACAUCAAACUCUGGCAAAUCAAAAUAUGUCAGAAAUUCUAUUGAAACUGAAUGAGCUGAAGUUGUCUUCAUCUAAAGAAAAGCAAUUGCAUGCAACAAACAAAAAUUGGCUUGGCAUUUUAAACAGGAACAUUUCUGGCAUGGGAGACAACAUUGAAGACUUGGCUGAGGUAUCCCAAAAGCAAGAACAGCGACUGAAAGUCUUGGAACUUGCUCUUCAGCAACAGCUCGGAAGAACCAGAAAUUUGGAAACUGAAAAUGCACAGCUCAAGGCUGCCUAUCAAAAUCAGAGCAAGGUACUGGAAAAGUUGCAGAAACCAUCCACAAACAACAAAAAACCAAGAGACGAUUUUUUCAAGUACGACAACUCAUUGUACAAAUUUGUUCCUGCUCUGGCCACCUGGACAGCAGCAGCUGCACACUGUCAGAGUUUGGACCCACAAGCUUAUCUUGUGUCCAUAGAAACUGUACAGGAGAACAGGUUCAUUAAUCGUCUGGCAAGAGGUGUCAAUGAAGUUUUCAUUGGGGCCUUUGAAUUAAAUUAUGACAAGAAAUGGGCUUGGCUUGGGACUGGUAGAGAGCUGGCUUACAGUAACUGGAACACAGGUGAGCCAUCAGACCACAAAUUUUCAUCAAACAACGAAAAGGAAGCAUGUGCUGUGAUGUUCACCUCUAAUGGGAAAUGGAAUGACAUCCUGUGUGACUCUCCAACUGAAUUUCAUAGUUUCAUUUGUGAGAUAAGAUUACCAUGAGAAAUAGGAAAUAAAAACACUUUAAAGAAAUUAAUAGUUAAAAUACAUCAGAGGCAAAAGUGAUCAACUGAAUUAAAUUCAGCUUUCACACAAACAUUAAGAAAACAUGAUAUCAAAUUUUCAUGCAAUCUUUAGUAGAUGUUAUAUAUCUUUGAUGUAUUUAAGACCUGGUCACAUGGUAGCACUGGUAAUUGUGUCUAAUAGCCCUGAGUGCCACAUAUGCUGUAGCGUGGGUUGUAGUAUCCCCAGGGAGAUGAGAAAGAAUUAGAAUUGAAACCAAUCCAUAAUUACCAGGCAUAUAUUACACUAUGUGCUUGAUGAUUUAUGAUAUAUUUCUGUGUAUGCAUGCAAUAUAAAACAUAGAUUGCAAAGAAAGAAAGAAAUAUACCAUACCUUUAUAAACUAAGGUCACCAUUCAUUAUUUAU